CCCAGGAUCUUAUAGCUUGAAUAAUAACUUGAUGAUAUGGAAGCCUCUCGAGCAUAAACACAAACACUUAGAAGAAGCAAAGCGAAUCUGUAAGAGCGGAACAUCGAAGUGAGAAGAAGAAAGGUUGGAGAAAAUGGAAGACGUGAUAACAGAAGCAGCAGGACCUUCAAGGUUCUUGGAAGAAGACCUAAACAUCUUCACAACUCCAUCGCCACCCCUUCCUUCACCCUUCCUCAUCUUCCCCUACACCCAACAACCCCAACCCCUCAAACCCUCCCUCCUCAUCGUCGCCCUCUCCCCUUCCUCCAUCGCCCUCUUCCACCGCCUCCGCACCGCCUCCCCCGCUGCCUCCCCCGCCGCCUCGCUCCUCCUCCCCGAACUCUCCCUCUCUCUCCCCGACCAUGCCGCCCAAAUUCUCCUCCUUUCCCCCUCCGCCCUCCUCGCCGCCAUCCCGUUCCCGGUCCCCGGUUCCCGCGCCCACGCCGUCGCCAAAGCCCUCCUCGACGGCCGCAUCUGCCCCGACUCCGUCCUCAUCCUUGACUCCCUCGAGUCGCGCAACUUCCGCGGCAAGCUAUCCUCCGAUGAGGCCGUGGCGUUCAAGCUGGACAGCACCGCUGAGAGAAAGAGAAGCGGCGGAGAGAAGCUCCUGCCGGAUUUGGAGUAUUUUCCUUCCGGAAGCGUUGUUGACGGGCUGGGCGCUGCCAUUCUCGCACGGUGCCAGGUGAUGAACGUGAGAGCGAGCUUGUGUGUUUCGUGGCCUCAGUUCGACGCCUCUGUGGUGUCGUUGAUUAAGGGUUUGCUUCAGCGCCGCGUGUUGCAGGGAUUUGAUUUUGAUUUGAGUGAUGAAGACGUUUUUAAAUUUGGGAGGAGCAAGGAUAGGGUUUUGCAUUCUGAGUUGUAUAUUUGAUUAGUGCUUUGUUAUGUGAAUGUUUUGAUCCACUGGGACUAAUUCAUUUGUGUUUGAUUAUUUUGGUUAA